AUGGGCCAAAGUGCCACGGACACCAACCAUACAAGGCACCACGAAAUCCCACCCGCAAAGCUGCAAAUCCGGCUGAAAAGGAUCCUGAAAGCCACAUUCGUAUUCAUUCUGCAUCAAUGGCUUCUCAUCGGACAAGGAGUCGUCUGCAUCCUGGCGUACUAUUUCCCCGACGUGGCCAAACACGGCGGCGUAAUCCGGUCCGAAUACAGCAUCCUGUACGGCGCCAUGGCACUCAUCUUCUUCAUCUCGGGACUGAGCAUCCCUCGUCAGAAGCUAUUCCUGCACCUGCUGAACUGGCGUCUUCAUGUUCUCGUCCAGGUCUUCUCAUUCCUCUUCAUUCCCACCGUGAUGCUUGCCAUCGUGCAUAUCAUUCUGGCUGGAGAUCCGCAUGGCCGGAUCGACCGCGCCCUGCUCGCCGGGUAUAUCUUUACGGCGUGCAUACCUACCACAAUUGCUUCGAAUGUGGUAAUGACACGAUCGGCUAGUGGGGAUGAAGCAGCCGCGCUGGUGGAGGUCUUGAUUGCGAAUCUCCUGGGCCCAUUUAUCACCGCCGCUUGGACCGUCACGGUCCUCCCCGAUACCCCCGAGUUCGCACCAUGGAGGAAUGGCGAUGGUGACCUUAAGGACAUGUAUCGCAAUGUCUUCAAACAGUUAGGUUUGAGCGUCUUGUUACCCCUGGUAGUGGGACAGUUGGUCCGGUGGACAUGCCCCGAGAGGACGGCGCAAGUGCUCCAGAAAUACCACAUCCCGAAGAUCGGAACAGUAUGGGCACUACAAACCCUAUCAGCAACGAGUAUUGUAUUCGUCGUCUGUUUCAACAUUGCCCUGUAUAUAUUCCUCACCAUCGUAUGCUUCUACAUUUCUCGACCGCCGAGGUUCCUUUCCGCGGGAUUCGCUGGCGCGCAACAGAUUUUCAAGCGCAUUUCUCCCGAGGAAACCAUCGCUGUGUGUUUCUGCGGUCCGGCGAAGAGUACGGCGCUCGGAAUCCCGCUCUUGUAUGCGAUGUGGACGCAGGUGGACCUGUUCACCAAGGCGAAGACCUCUGUGCCGGUGUUGCUGUAUACCACAGAGCAGAUCUGUGUUGCACAUUUCUUUGUACAUGUGUUCCUGCGGUGGCAUAGGAGCGUUCAUGAAAAGAGUGAGGUUGGAGGUGAUGAUGGGCAAGUAAAUGGGGUGGUUUAA